AUGAAUCGGUGUCUUCGCCUUAUGACAAUUGUUACAAUGUUGAAGGUCUAUAUCUUCGAAGUGUCAUUAGCUUACGUGCUGUCAUCAAACUCUUUGCCUCCCGACACAAGAGAGUUUCUCAUCCCCAUUAUGCAGAAAAAAUCGUUGGAUUUGGAACUCCCAGAGCCUGAACACGUCUGUCCCACAACUAUUUUGAAGAGGCAUACGCCGCAAUUUGGCCAUAUGGAAAACGGCAGUUAUGUGGAAAUACAACAAGAUUCCGAACAAAGCUUCGAGGCAACGUUCGUAGAAUGCACCAAUGGACAUCAUAGACCACAGUGCCAUGGCAUCGACACAAUCUUGUACUCGUCCGAAUGCGUGACGUUGUAUGAGUGGCGAUCAGCGUACGUUCGACUUCCAUCACUAAACGCCGAUUUCGUACCCGCCAAAAUAAAAGUGCCGAUUGCAUGCCAAUGUCGAUUGAUCAAAAAGUUGAAGCCAUUUGCCAGGCGCCUCCUUACAUACAUCGCAUAA